CGUAUGACUUUGUCUUGCAGAAAUUUAAAAAGAUAUGAAUGGAGCUUUCAAAAGAUUCACAUACCGGCCACAAGAUGUCACUACGUGGUGUGAACUUUUGACAUGAACUUUAUAUAAAGUUUUUAGUAUAACUUAACCAAAAUACUUUACAUUUUUGUGUAAUGAGUGUAUAAAUACAAUGUGAAUAUUGUUCAAACUGGAAUCAAAUUGUUAUAUAGUCAAUGUGAUGUUGACAUAUUGUUUAAUUUCGGAAGCAAGUAUCGUGUUUCAUUAGAUUAAUGCAACUAUUAUAAAAACGAAGAAAUUCCUAGGAUUAUGGUAGCAGGAAAAGGAAGAAAGAAAUUUUAAAUAGGAGAAAUGGUAUACGAUGGCGGAGUUCCUGCCUCUUUGCGACGUACUGUUCAACGUGAUCUCUCUAGCGGGUUACUUCUGCGACGUGGUUUUCGACGUAGUCAUGGGAUACGCUCUUCUUGAGCGCGGCUAUAAAUGUACCUUCGCUGCUACCAUAUCUAUAGUCGUGACGUCCUUGGUAAUAUCACAGGUUUUAUCUCUCCGUUGGUACUUGCACGUAUGGUGGGCUGGUGAGGGACGCAAGGGCCGGCCUCCUUGGCUACCCAUCCUGCUUCACUGCCUACAGGUGGGCGUGCUGUGGCGAUAUGCGCGAUUGCUAGUGCCAGUUGAACUGAGACGUGUUAAACAUCAAGUACGAGAUCUUUGUAUGCUUCGGUUGGUGCACGCGUUUUGCGAGGCGGCCCCCAUGUUGCUGCUCCAACUGCACAUCCUAUUCAAGGACACCAGUUAUGAGCCACUUAGCGAAGUCGGCGUUACACCCGAGCCUAGUAUAGACGAGCCUUCUGCAAACAGAGCGUUCGCGGAACUGAACGUGAUAUCGGCGUCUCUAUCGUUGUUCUCUGUGUGCUGGGCUCUCGCCAGCUUCAGUAAGAAUGUGCGUCUGCAGAACGUCCACAGGCUCGUUCUCACCUGGCUCGGUGUUAUCUUUCAGUUUCUAUGGAGGCUGGGAACUAUAUCUGCGAGAAUUUGCGCUCUCACCGUGUACGCUCUAGUCUAUGAAUAUUGGGUGUUUCUAGUUAUAGGUUUACAUUGGGUGUCAAUGUUUCUAUGGCUGAUAUCACCUCGCAACGUGUUCCACGGAGAGCGCAUCAGUCGGCCGCGCAAGGCGUACCUCUCCGCACUCAUCGCUUUUGUAUACGUCUUCGCUUACGUCAACCUGCAGGAACUCAACCAUCGACAGAAGAUGGUGAUAUUCUACUGUGUGAUGUGCGUGGAGAACUGGGUGCUGGUGUCGGCCUGGUGGUGGUCAGGUCGCGCCGCGCGCCCCGCCGCCACCGCCGCCGCUGCAGCCGCCGCGUUCUGCGCGGGACUCGCCUUCAUGCUUAUAUACUACAGAUAUUUCCACGUGCGACGGCUGGGCUACAUGUUGGGGGAGAACAGACAAGGCACCAACAGCACCAACGCCUCAUCACAGAACAAGAAUGGUGAUACCUCUACCCCAACAGAGAACGCGGCCAUACCCGGCGUCUUCAACUGUCGCUUCUCUAAUCCAGUUAAUCACAGUGCUGCAAACGGUCGUAAAAAGAAAAAACCGACAACGUUCGUGCCGCCCCCCGAGGAGAUAAAGCAGGGCAAGUUGGCCAAGACCACGCCUGUCGCCGCAGAGGAGAUAUACAGCAGUCUGCAGCGACAACCCAUACCGCGAGCCAAGACCCACGCCGAGCCCCCCGCCUGGCCCAGUAUUGAAAUGACACACUCCUACCAAAACUACCCCGUCCUCCCCCACACCUGCAACCUCUACCCCACCUACACAGAGAUAAAGCCAGAGUACUCCGGCUCAAACUUCCAGAACAACGACACCGCAGUACAAAACGAUAUCAAGAUGCGAAUGCCGAACAUUUACAAUCAAGAAGCCAGAGGAUUCUACGAAAAUCCAGCGAAUAUGAGGGAACGUGUCCCCGGACGAUCACCCAACUACCUCGCGCUCGAAACUAGGAACUACGAUUCAAACGUCUGCAGAAGUCCGAGGAAUGUCAUGAAUAGCAGCCCGAGAACUGCCUACAUAUCAGACGUGAACAACUCCAACUACGAUACGAGUGCACUGGACAAGACUAGGUUACAGAAUCCCAAUCCCAGUAGCAUUUAUUCUGAAGACCAUAGACAGAGUCUGGGCGAGUUCUCCGGCUACUGCGAGAAUGGAGUACAAAAUAUAUACAGUAAAUAUGGCGAGACCAAAGAGGAAUAUAUAUCUGCACUCCACAACGCUCUGGCGAACGUUCAAAGCAUAGACAAUAUAAGGAGUAUAUACAACGAGGUGGGGUGCGGACAGUAUGGACAGAACUGCGAUAGGAUGUUCCCGUACGCGGGGGGCGGGGCGGGGGGAGGGGCUGGGGGCGUGGCCGCAGCCAAGAAGGCGGAGCAGCGCAAGAUGCUGCGCUGCCGCACGCCAGAGAUACUGCUCGCGCCGCACUACCUCGAGACAUGCACGAAACCUGUCUGCUGCCACUGGAGCGCGCCAUACACCAACAGAAAGAAGGAGGAGGUGGUAGGUGCGGUGACGGGGCUGGGCAGCAGCGGAGAGGAGUCGGGCGCAGAUGGUGCACGAGACACGCCACGGCCCCCUAGUGAUAUUGACAGCCAGAUUUCAUUACCACGGUCGUACACUCUGCCGCGCGAAUUCCGAUACUGGCGAAGACGGCCGCGUCUUCGUGACGCACAUCUACCCAGCAACAACAGCAGUGACGGCGACGUGGACAGUGGAGACAACGACAGCUCGCGGCAGUCCGAGUGCUCGGGCGGGUCGCAGCCGGCGUCGGGCGUGCGAGCAGAGCGCGCACCCGAGCGCAGGAGACGUCCACACGCACGACACAAGCCAGAAACAGAACUAUGAUAAACAUAACUCUCGGAAAAAGAUUGUCGUUUUUUCUGAUCAAAUUAUCUUUAAAAAAAUUAAACCUGCACUGACCGUUUUUCCGUCCAUACAAGAAUAUGUCCUUAGGUUUCAUAUUAUUGACUGUUUUACAAAAAAAUUAGAUAUAAAGGUAUAUUUUUAGGGUUCUGUACGGACCCUUAUAAGAUCACUUUAUUGUCCGUCCGUCUAAGAUCCUUUUUUUUACUUGGUUUUGUUAAAGCAAUUAUAUAACAAAAAACGAAUUUCACAAUUUAAAUUAUGUAGAUAUGUAGUACUGUUAUAUGUGAAUGAAAAUAUCUAUACUUUUAAACAUUAACGGCUCAAUUAUUACUAAUUUAGUUCUAAGAAUCUUUGUAUGUCCAAAACUUGUACCUUUUAAA